UUUCCGUUGCCAUGGUACCCACAGCGCUUUAUCAGCUUCCCUCACAGCACGUAACAUUAAUCACAGCAAACAACUCAAAGUUAGGUUUUAGUUUAAACAUAGACCAAUAUUUCUACCCUGCGACUAAAAAUAAUGGACAACAGCCUUUGGAGGACGAUUGUGGAAAACGUGCAGCCGUAUAUUCCCUCAAUUGAACCAGCUUCAUCGUCUGAGGACGAAGGUAGUAUUGAAAUAUUUCAAAGACCAACUGGGCUCUCUCUGCAACUUCCUGAUGACACUAGAGACACGAUUGCACCACCAUUUGUAGAGGAGCCACUGGAUGUAAGUGAACCAGAAAACAUUGCAGAGUUAAACAAGAGUCCCGACACUGCUUUGAACUCAAGUGAAAAGAGUCUCAGUAAUCACAUUGUCCUCUCGUUUGCUAAGCUUGAACAUUUGGAUCUAAAUGUUUUCCAAAACACCCAAAAAGUAAUCAAGCCACAACGGGGCACAGCUGAAAUAGGAGAUGGAUAUCCAGAUGGCGGCAAGGAAAAUUACUACAAAAAUAUUUUGGAAAAAAUAGCAUCUUUCUGUGAGAAGCAGUCAGUCAAGUCCCACCAUAAUCCAAACUAUGUCAAGAAGAACUACAUGGGGCCCAUACCAGAGGAAAACAUGGUGGAAGAGAUCAAAGAACGUCCAACUGUUUACAUUGAUUUGAGAUGCACCAGUCAGACAUCCACAAAACCAAUAAAGUCUCCCUCCCAGUGCUCUGUUCACAAAGAAGCAGUACCAGCUAAGAGCCCCAGUCAAGUCCAUGCAGGAACACAGACAAGCUACUGGAAAGAAACGGGCAAAAGCAUGUUACUUCGGAAAAUACGCGAGAACAAUCAAAGGAAUAAAUGCAUGAAUAAAACUGGAGUGAAAAAGAAACGUGUUUGUGUUAAAACAUUGGAUUUUAUGGAGGCUACAAACAAAGACUACUGUGAAAGCCAACAAGAGGGCACAGACCAUUCAUGUGUGGAGUUUGAACACGCUAAACCUAAAACAGAAAAUCUGAAGAAUAACCAAGAACUAUCUAAGAAACAAAGAGAUCAUUACCAUAAGCAAUGUCAACACACUGUAAAAGAACUGGAGAAAUGUCGGCCAACAAAGUCUGUUGGGCAAAAGCAACCAGCUGCUGAAAAUACUGAUCUUCUUUAUGAUAUUGACGCCUCCCAUCUUGAGCCAGUUCGAACAUUACCAACAGACAGAGGGAAUGCUGGACACGUGCUGCUGAUUGUCAAUCUCUCAAGUCUUGGAAUGGUUACUAAGAAAGAACGCAGAAUAAGAAGAAGAAAAAUCAAUUCAGAUUUUACCAACCUUUAUAACACUUUAGUGACUUGGCUUCUAUCCUUAGUGGGCCCUCAUUCACCAAGUGCUAUUGAAGCUAAUGCUAAUGUACCAUUCUGGGUUGUUGGAUUGCAGCAGCUUUGGACAAAGAGAGGACUGUCUUUGUACGUCUUAGCUGUAGCCAAACAAACUUAUACUCAAAGGAAAAAGGACACAGACAUUCCUACUCCCUUCCACAACCACAUUAGCAGAUUUCUGUUUGAGACUUCACUCCCCACUAUAGCUCACUGGGUUCCUCAGCUGAAUACCAUCAUGGGAGAAGACAUCUACAAUGCCCCUAUCUAUCUCCCAUCAUGCAAUCUAAGCUCUUUUAUCACUGUAACCUCUAACAAAGAAGUAAUAGGCAGAAUAUUUGAGCUGAGUCCAGGGUUUUACUGGCAGACAUUGGAAACCCCAGGCCAUAAAUGCAAAGGAAGAGAGACCAUUCAAGACCUGCAUACAGAGAUAUCCAUUACUUUGGGACAUAAAGACUUUUACCAACAUCCACUAUUGGCACACUAUACCCUACAGGCCAUCCUUGUCUCAGGUUUAGAUAUUUGUGGUUUAAGACUCCUUUAUCCAUCACCUGAGUCUCUGCCUGAUCAUUUUGGGUGCAAGACAUUUCUUCAGAAAGGGAGUGACAAUGGGCACAUCCUUGUCAUGGCAGUCCGUGGCCCCUAUGCCCAUUCUAUAUCACAGGGCAUAAAUAGAACAGUGCAGCACAUGUUCUGGCAGAAGACGGUUGGUGCUGAAGAUGGUGAAGCUGAUUCUUUGCUGCUAUACACACCUCAACAGCAAGUUCAAAUCCACAAAGAGCUGUGUCUGUGGUUUUCUGGGAGACUGGAAAAGUACCAGAAUGAGUCUUUAAAAAGCGAAGUUCAGGUAAUCGAGAACAGUACGUCCUUCCUGUGUGCUACAACUAAAGCUGACAUACUCCUUGUGGUGUCACCACUCAUUCCACCAUGUUGCUACGGCCAAGUGCUUUCCACAUGUGAACACAGAGGAUUUAUUCUCAGUGCGUUACAGAUCAUGAAACUCGAUAAUGAUAGAACUUCACUACUAGGACUCACCAGUCAGCAAGCUCAAAUCUUCUGCACAUCCCAAAAAUGUCUGGUGUUGAUACUUAAGAAGGAAAAUGCACUGCAUCACACGAUUUCUCUUCUGUUGGCUCUUAUGAAAGAAUUCAAGUCACACAACCUUCUGACCUUCCUGCCAUCCAGGGGUGAUGUUGUUCAAAUAGUUGAGCCAAGUUUGUGUUUCCAUACAACCUCCUACAGCAACAACAUGUUUAAUAUUUUUGUAGAGCCAGCUUGGGCAGUCCCAGAUCCUUCCACUGUGGUCCUGUCUAGUCAAAAGUGUCCCUUGGACCUGGAGGAGGAUGAGGUGGUAGUUUUCAAUUUGUGUGGACAGGACAUGGGCCAAGGUCUGAGCCUUCUACACAGAACCCUCACGCAACACGGGUUUCAGCUGCUCGCUCUGAAAUGGCUGCCUGCGUUGAGUCGACUUCAGGCCCUGGAAGUGAGCCCUUAUGAGGUUGGAGAGAAGCACAGCCACAACGCUCUGGUCACUCUGAUGUCUGGCCCUGCUCUGGUGUGUGCUCUGAGGCGGAACAAUGCUCUAUUAGCUCUGAGGAAACUUCUGCUGAUGGAGUCCAAUGGAGAUUUGGGUAUUUUGAUGUCACCCACACCUGAAGUGACAGCCAGACAAUGUGCACUUUUCUUCUUUGAACAUGAACUUAUUUCUUGUGCAGUGAAAAAGUGACUGAAAAGCAUAGAGGAUAUGUUAACCCACACUGAACUGUCACUUACAAGUUACCCA